GUAGAAACACCCACCCCGAUUCCUUACUUAUCAUAACUAGACAGCAAAAAUAUAAUUGUCAAACAAUUCUUCCUUGCAUCAUGUAACUGGUGUACAGGACUUUCCCGGAAUGCGAUACCGUGACGGGUUUCUGUGUUUGGACAGAGAUGACGUCAGGUUAUUGACAAAUAUUUUGGUCAAAAAUCGGGAGAUAUUUGGGGGCGGAAAUCUCACUUUAUCUUGAGAUUUUAUGUAUUCUUCAACAUAACAGAGAGGGUUUCAAUCUUGUAAGAAGUCAAAAUGUCGUCGCCGGUUAACGGAGUUCCCGCAUCCAACAGCGAUGAUGAUGUGCACCGUGACCUACAGAAUGUACAAAUGCAGUGCAAUCAGGCCACUGAUGAGUCCUUGGAAAGCACGAGACGGAUGCUUAAUAUGUGUGAAGAGAGUAAGGAGGCAGGCAUCAAGACAUUAGUAAUGCUUGAUGAACAAGGAGAACAACUGGACCGAAUUGAGGAAGGUAUGGACCAAAUCAAUCAGGACAUGAGGGAUGCAGAAAAGAACCUGGAGGGGCUCGAAAAAUGCUGUGGGCUGUGUGUGUUACCAUGGAAACGUGCUAAGAACUUUGAGAAGGGAGGAGAUUAUGACAAAACAUGGAAGGCAUCAGAAGAUGGUAAAGUUAAUACGAAUGGACCCAGGGUGAUUGUUGGGGAAAAUGCAGGUCCACAAGGGCCCAUCAUUACCAGAAUCACCAAUGAUGCUCGUGAGGAUGAAAUGGAAGAAAACUUAACACAAGUCAGUGGCAUGCUGGGUAAUCUAAGAAACAUGGCUAUUGACAUGGGCAGUGAGAUAGAAUCCCAGAACAGACAAGUGGACCGCAUUAACAAUAAGGUAUGUCUGGUGUGCUGGGAUUGUGUUAAGUAUUUAUAUUCAUGUGAGACAGUUUUUGAUAUCAGAAUUUUAUUGUUGAAGCAAAGGACUAUGUUCAUCAAUAGCUAUUUCUGACUCUAAAAUUAAAACAGUCUUUUAUUUCUCUGAAGUUCAGUAAUUCCAAGUCAUAAACAAAUUGUCUGAAAUAUGAAGUUGGUUCCUUGGCUACAUAUGUGUGGUGAUUAAAAUUAGAUUUUUAUGUUUUCGACAUAUUGUGAUUGAUACCUGUGAGCUCAUACUUUCUGAAUCCAAAAUAACAAUAUUGGUCAUAUUUCAAAGGAACUCACAUAUUUUUUCAUCUUAUACCAGUAUUCAUAAUUUGCUGCUAAAAUUACAAUUAGAUUUGUAUAUCUUGUCUAUUUAACAACAAAUUUAUGCAAACCUAUUUUGUUAUUUAUGUAGAUUUAGAUGAGAGUGAUAAUGAGGGCCAAAUUGACUAUUUAUAAACUUACUCCUUUAGCUUCUGUUAAUAGAUUAUUACCAUGAUGUAUGUUUUUGCUGAUCUAUCUUUUUAUAGGGUGGAUCCAAUGUGGAGCGUAUUAUUGAGGCCAAUAAACGAGCCAAUAUAUUGCUUAAAGAAUAACAACAGACUUCUGCGGUGUAUAUAUCUGUAGUGCGUUAUUUCUGUGCAGAUUACACCAUGUCAUGCCUCUUCAUUGAUAGUAGAUGGAGGACUUUUUUUUUUCUUUUUAGUUUUUAAAAAUAUAAAAUACCCUACCAAAUGAGGGAGAAUGUUUUUGGAAUGAAAAAGAAAUUUGAUCUCUUAGACUUUAGAUAUCUAUCAAUGAAGUAGUAUUGAUGGGCUGUAAUAUCUACUCGGUGUAUCACUUCUAUCUCUCCGGUGGCAUGAUUAUAGAUAGCCGCAGAACUGAAGCUCUCGGAGAAAAUUGAGAUAGACCAAUGAACUACAGUUCUGCAGCUAGAUUAUAGAGUAAAUUAUGAUUUUUGACAUACAAAUUUUGCAUGAAAACAUGUAAGGAAUAUGUACCAUCAAUAGUUACACUAUCUUAAACAGUAUUCUAUAAGUUUUACUUACAUAUAUACUAUAUUUUUUAUCAUUUUAAUCAUAAUACAUGUAAUAACUCACUCACUGUUUUAUAUUAACAAUCUGUAGAUAUAACUGAAAUGUUAUAUCAUUUAGAUUCUGUGAAUUUACACUUUCAAUAUGGAAGUCAAAAUUGAGUCAGUUUUCCAGCAAAGUGGCUAUAUCCUUGGUGUACACAUUCCUUGGGUAUCUUCACUCUACCGUAGGACCUGUCACCAGGAAUCAUUUAAUUAUCACAGAUAUUUUUUUCAGACAAGUCUUUGUUUUACAUGAUAUGAUUUCAUUUUGAUUAUUUUUUUUCUCAGCACAGUUUUGAAAUCCUACAUUUUAUAUAUUUACUGUUUGUGAGGAUACAUUUGAUUAGGUGUCUUUAGAACCUCUGCUUAAGUAAAUGAAUUGAUGUCUUUGCAAGGUAAUUAUGAUAUCAUUAGAUGAACAUGCAUCCAUUUUCAAAUUCAGAAAUAUGAUAUAUUUUUUUAUGCCAGUCCAUGAAAAGUGGUAUAAUGGUACAUGUAUGACAUUUGUCGGUCUAUGAAUGUACACAUUUUCACAUGUUGUACAAAUGUUAGAUCAAGGAUGAUCAGAUCUUGUUAGAUGAAGUAUCUUGGGAGGAAGAUGUGUUGCAGCUUGAAAAUCAUCAUCGGAAAAACCAUGAUCGGUCACACUUCUUUUGAAAAGCAAUCAACCGUGGGUUUCCGACAAUGCUUGAAAAUUGGUCACAUUGCCCUCAUUUCGGACUGUAGGAAUCUAUUCAGAUACUUUAUACCGAGUACAAAGUUCAUUUCAUGUAUCAUGUGCCUCAGCAGUGCUGUGUAGUAGCAAGCUUCAUUUAUUGCAAAUAUUGAUUCAUUGCCUCAGCCUUAGGAGAUGUAAUUGAUUGUAAAUUCAUUACAUUCCCUUUGUUGAUUGUAUUGCAAAAACCAUUCAGUAUCAAACCAAAGUAAUCCUUGUUAUGUAAAUUACGGUAUUUAUGAAAAUUAAUUACUAACCUUAGACAAGAUUGAAGGUCAUUGAACCCUAAUUAACCUGAAUAUUAUAGGUAGUUGUGGCGGCAGUAUAUUUUAUAUGAAUAUUGAAGUUAAUUUGUUCUGUUUUAAUUACAGACCCAGUCAAACGAAUCUCGGAUUCUGGAUGCUAACCAGAGAGCUAAAAAGAUCCUAAAGGAAAACUAAUCUCUACUGUUGAUGUGGCAUUCCUUUUCGAACUAUUUUAUUGAUGAUAUAUCAUUUUCUUAUGUGUCUACUUAAACCCUAAACCAUACUUUUUCUCACUGUAUAUAGAUACAUGUACUUAGCGGGUUAUAAUACUCAUAAGUCAUGUAUGACAUGGUCUUCGUUAUAUGCAGAAAAGUUAUGAUGCAGAGUAUCAAAAAUGAAAAACUGCAGAAUUGAAGCCGUUCCUCCUGCCCCUGUGGUUCCGUUAAUUGUUUUUGUUUUGUCGUUUGUAGAGACUUUUCAGUUACUAGGACAAGGAACUACAUGGAGGAUAUUGAAUUUGUUUUAUUUUCUUCCAUAAAAAAGAGUAAGAAUAUCAGAAAAUUUCAUAGGCUGUUGACAUUAUGAACGUGAAGUAGUUUAAGGUAAUUUUCAUAGUGCAUGUGAAAAAAAUCCUAAUAUUUAGUGCUGAAAAAAAAAAUCCCAAUUAAAAAUUUACCUGCAAUAAAUUCUGACAUGUAGUUCCAACUUUGUUGUGUAUUGCAGUGUUUAUUUGUAUUGCCUGUAUUUCCUUUUACACAAGGAGGAUGGGAAGUAUAUAUACAUAUUGACCCAUAUGUAUAUCCAUUUAAAUCCCGGACUGUAGUAAUUUCAAUUCCCUAUUCAAGACAGCAAUCACUAUCUGUCCAUUUUGUGUGUCAUUGUGUAUAAACAUACUUCCCUUCUCCUUGGUGUUUUGUAAUUUAUAUUUGUUUCUUUUCAGUAUUCAUCCAUUACAGUAGUAUAAAUAGCUGAAAUGCCUUCUUCACAAAAUACCCUUAGUUUUAGAUUAUUUAAUUGAAAUUUAAGUACAAAAAGUUCAUUCUAUAGAACUAAUAUAUGAGGGGUGAUUAAAAAGUUCUGAGACAAAAUUUUAACAAGGGUAGAAAAUAUUGACAUAAUACAUAAUAUAAUUGCUCAUUUUAAAAAAAAAUAAUCAUAACAAUCAGAAAGCAAGAUACGGUAUGGGGGGGAUAACUUGUGGUGAAAAUAUUUGCUAUAUUCAGUGUAGAGAGAUCUGUGAAUUCAGGAAGCAGUGAAUAAGGUUCGAGUUUGAAAGUAAUGUAACAGUUGAUUUGUUUUUUUUAAAUACGAGUCCAGGCUACCAGAGUUAUAUUGGCAUGCAUAGUUAUUUCGUAAAAUACAUACAAGCUGUUUGUAAUCUUAAAUACUUGUUAUUGAAUUAUAUUUUCAUUGCCAUGUUUUCCAGGAAUUCAAAAAAGCAUAACAUGAUUUGUAUUGAUCUUUAAACUGUCAUGAUCACCCCUCAUACUUGUAUGACUUAACAUUCUAAACUUAUGAAACUUCUGUCUAUGGAGGACAUUUCAGCUUGUUUGUUAUGGUUUGCAUGCCUUUGAUCAUGGUUCAUUUUAUGAAAAAGUGUCAGACACUUAUGUUUUCUACUAAAUGUACCUAUUUUGAAUAUAAAACAUCACUCUUAUAAAGAACAUUGCUUUACGUAUGUAGAUGUCUGAGACUUUGGAGUUGAUUAAAUCCUGGAUGUUGUUUUACCUUUGUUUUUCUGCAUGUGUUUUAUGAUUUUUAUUUUUUUUUUUGCACCACAGGGUACCCAUUUGAAUGACCGUGUAGAUGCUGCCAACAAGAGGGCAAACAAAAUUCUUCGUAACCAAUGAUAAAUCUUGGACUACAUGUUUAAAAAUAUUCCCUGCUCCAAGAUGCCAAUUCAAAAAAAAAUUUACAAAGUGGUCUGCCAUGGGGAGACAACUUAUGAAGAAACGUUUUGACAAGAACCUGUAAAUUUCCUUGUUGCUCAAAUUGUAAAUCUAUGUUAUAUAAAAGUUUUGCGUCAUGCUUUCAAAUUAUUUAAAGUCAAUGGGGUAUAUGAUUGAAGAGAACUGUAAAUGAGAACCUUUCUAUAAAUGUCCGAUUUCAUGAGUUAAAGAAGUUCUGUUGUGUAUAGGAAAAUUUUGAUGGAAAGAAUUUAUUUCCCAUGAUAUACUCAUAAAGUAACACACGAGAUGCUGACAGAUGAGAUAUUUUCCGAUGUCUCAUGUUUAUAUUGUUGCAUGCAUAACUUUUCUGUGUCCAAGCUUCAAAAUUUGAUCCAGGGCAUAUAAUGUGCAAUAUGCUAAUUUCACUAUUAAUUUGCAUUUUAUAACCAGGAAUAUAUAUGUACAAUCGAUCAGACUGUAGGAACAAGUAGGUGUUUUGACAUUGUCCAUUCCAUACAUCAUGCACAGAAUCAUGUUAAUGUCUCAUCCAUUUAGAGAACACUUAGAGGCUAGAUUAAACUGAAGUGAUGUUGUUUUUAUGCUGUGUCAUCGAUAUUCCAUUUUUUAUAAAAGCUCAGUGUAGGUAACAAGCACAAUCAUAAUAAUAAGAGAAAGUGGGUUUCCACAUCUGAAGUUUAUGGAGAACUAAAAAUUUGAUUGCAUGUGCAAUUUUCAGACAGUUGUAAAUAUAUUUUUUGGAUUUUAUGCUAUAACAGUUUCACAAACUUAUAGGAGGUAGUUUUACUCUCAUGCUUUGUGGAAUGUAAAUUUUGCCCAAAUGUAGACCUAGAUUGGUAUUCAGUCCAUGCAUAUCUGUACAACAACAAAACUGCUUUCAACCAUCACAAAGAAACUCACUGAUUUAUGAUUUUAUGUAUAUGCUAUACUCAUGUUAUAUUAUUAAAUAUUUCAUACAUAGUC